AUGGUGUACGAUUCACUCUCGCCUUCACUCUCACUUACCUUCAUAUUUCCCUAUGCUGCAGGUACAAAAAUGGACUCAGAAGACGCGAAGGAGAAACUGGUCGUUAUCACCUUGUAUGUCGCAAUUGGUCUGUCCGUCUUCGCCAUGUGCUUCAAACUCAUGCAAGAAGAGGUCGUGGACAAAGUGAAGUGGUUCGCAAGUAAAGUGGGUAUAAUCAAAGGGAAAGACAAAAAGAAGGUAGAAAAAGCUCCUUAG